GGGUGGAUGAACUACGGGGAGGACUACGCAACCAAGACACUCAAGCUCAACAUCUCGUCGAUCAAGCAGCGCAUUGCCGUACUGCCCAAUGAGAUGAACGCCUACUGCCCUUGGGCGGGCCUGGCGUCCGUAGGCUGCGGAGGGACGCGCUGCUUCGUGUGGGCGAACGGCGGCGCCUCGGGCGACCUGUCCUUGUACUUCCACGAGAUGGGCCACAACCUGGGCCUUAUGCACUCCAACCGCGUUGGCAGCGAUGACGAGUACGGCGACUACACGUGUGCCAUGGGCAGUCUGUACGGCUGCUACAACGCACCUAACAAUUGGCGCAUGGGUUGGGGCUCGCCGAUACCAGGAGGCCACUUCAACAAUUCCAACAUGCCGAAAGGCACGUGGAUGCCGUACGUACUGCCCUUCCAAACCCGUGCCGUAAACUCCAGCAUCC